CUUCAUGAGUGACAGCACGAAAAUAGAAACAAUGGAAAGCGCCAAGAAUAUAAAAGCUUCAGAGACUGUAGCAAAAGAGCUUCAAAAAAGUAAUCUCUAUCAAGAAAUUGUCACCGAUCUUAAUAAUCUCGUUCUGGAUCCGAAAGUAUCAGCGGAAGAACUCGAAAGAAAGAUUAAAGCUGUCUUAGAAAACUCAGGAUACAAGCAAAAACUUAGAAACUUAGUCUAUCAUUACAUGUUGAAGAAUUCUGCAAUGAUGGACGGAGGUUGUCAAAUAAGAGAACCUCUAGAUUUCAUACAGAAAGCUCAGAGACCAGUGUCAGAACAGAAGGACAUGGAGGUUAAAUGGACAGAACUUGGAAGCGAGGAAAUGGAUUUGAGUCGAUUCCGUCCUGUUUAUUCACCAAAGGAUUUUUUGGACGUUUUAGUUAACCUAAGGAACCCCAAUCUCUCCAGCAAUGAACAGGGGGCUGCUACUUUGUGGGGAGAAAUUAAAAUACCUCUCAAGGUGAAUAAUCUUCGAAAUUUAAGGUCUGAAUUUGAAGAGCUAGCCAGCAACCUUAGUCAGGUUGGAGUGGACGAUUAUUCAUCGUUUGAUACAGAACAUUGUGUUGCUUUCCUACAAGAAAGGUCCGUACUUGGAAAAAAAGUUCUUCAGACUAACCACGCUCCGUUAGCUAGAGAAUACACCAAACGAGGCUGUCUACAAAGUCAACGAGCAAAUUUUUGGUGCCAAAUUCUAGGAAUUAGUAUACGCAAUGAAGAUAGGCUGAAAUUUGAUCAUUUAAAAUCGUGUGUUUUUCGGCAUGAUUUAAUGAUUGAUAAGCUGAUAUUCAAAGAUAUUCGUCUGACAGCAGCCAACGAUGAUCAGUAUUUUGUGUUCGAAGAUUUACUAUAUCAGAUUUUAUUAGUAUUCUCAAGAGACGUCUCUGUCGUCGAGCAUUUUCGCUUCAGUAGUGCCACUCCACCAAAAGGCUUCCUUAGGGGUCGUUCUGGUCAGGAGGAAGGAUUGGUUGUGUAUCCUCCUAGUGGUAUCAUUCCGUACCACGGUUUUACUAUGUAUGUAACGCCGUUGUGCUACUUGUAUGAAGAUCCUGUGACGCUUUACGGUGUUUUCAAUGAACUCUUUUGCCAUUACCUCUGUCGUCUUCACACUGUUUCAUCACAUCCUCAGGGAAUUCUGUGUCUAUGUCUUCAGUUUGAGAUGUUACUUCACGAGGCUGAUCCACAGCUUAUGUAUCACUGCGCUCAUCACGAUUUACAACCGCUGAAGAUUGCGCAGAAGUGGAUAAUGCGGAUGUUUGCUGGUUAUUUAUCAGUUGACCAAGUACUUUUACUGUGGGAUCGAAUUCUAGCAUAUGAUUCUUUACAACUUCUUCCAGUUCUUGCAGUCGCCGUUAUGUCCUUCCGAAAAAGUAUUUUGUUGACGGCAGAAAAUCAAGUCACAUUGGAGGCUAUGUUGGCGGAUGUGUCUACCAUCAAAGUCGUCCCGUUAUUACAAUGGUUAUUAACUCGAUCAGCGUAGGACUACGUCAUUUCAAACAUCCUGAUUGAUCUAGAA